AUGUCUGCCAAGCCGGAGCAGAAGGAGACCCACCAGGCCAACGGGGCUGGGCUUUUCCUGGCACCGGCUGGAGCUGGGGUGGAAGUGGUGGUGCUGGAGUCCCGUGCCAAUGCUAAAGGGGUGCGGGAAGAAGAUGCCCUGCUGGAAAAUGGCAGCCAGAGCAAUGAAAGCGAUGACACCAGCACGGACCGAGGUCCGGAGCCAGCCUCUCCCCUCAAGGAGACCUCCUUUUCCAUCGGGCUGCAAGUCCUCUUUCCAAAAUUUGGGACCGUUGCUGCUGGAAUGGUGCUGGACAUUGUGCAGCACUGGGAUGUCUUCAAGUACGUGACUGAGGUCUUCAUCUUGGUACCUGCAUUGCUGGGCCUGAAGGGGAACUUGGAGAUGACUCUGGCCUCUCGCCUGUCCACAGCUGCUAAUAUUGGCCAAAUGGAUACACCCAAAGAGCUCUGGAAGAUGAUAACAGGGAACAUGGCUCUGAUACAGGUUCAGGCCACCGUGGUUGGCUUCCUGGCCUCCAUCGCAGCCGUGGUGUUCGGAUGGAUCCCAGAUGGGCACUUCAGCAUUGACCACGCUGUCCUGCUGUGUGCCAGCAGCGUGGCUACUGCUUUCAUUGCUUCCCUUGUUCUGGGCAUGAUUAUGAUUGGGGUCAUCAUCGGAUCCAGGAAGAUGGGGAUCAACCCUGAUAACGUCGCCACGCCAAUUGCUGCCAGCCUGGGGGAUCUCAUCACCCUGGCUCUGCUUUCAGGGAUCAGCUGGGGCUUGUACAAGGAGCUGGAGAGCAAAGCCUACGUGAAUCCUUUGGUAUGCGCCUUCUUCAUCGCCCUGCUGCCCAUCUGGAUCAUCAUUGCCAAGAAGAAUGCAGCCACCCGGGAGGUGCUGUACUCCGGCUGGGAGCCCGUCAUCAUUGCAAUGGCUAUCAGCAGCGUUGGGGGUUUAAUUUUGGACAGGACGGUCUCGGAUCCAAACUUCGCUGGGAUGGCGGUUUUCACACCCGUUAUCAACGGUGUCGGUGGCAACCUGGUGGCAGUGCAGGCGAGUCGCAUCUCUACUUACCUGCACAUGAGUGGGAUGCCUGGAGAGAGCCCUGACACGGCCCCUCGCAAGUGCCCCAGCCCCUGCAGCACGUUCUUCAGCUCAGAUGUGAACUCUCGCUCUGCUCGUGUGCUCUUCCUUCUGGUGGUGCCUGGACACUUGGUUUUCCUUUACACCAUCAGCUCCAUGCAAGGAGGACACACUACGCUCACCCUCAUCUUCAUCGUCUUCUACAUGACGGCUGCACUUCUCCAGGUUCUUAUUCUCCUGUACAUUGCUGACUGGAUGGUGCACUGGAUGUGGGGCAGGGACCUCGAUCCUGACAACUUCUCCAUCCCAUACUUGACAGCGCUGGGGGACCUCAUUGGAACAGGGCUCCUGGCUCUCAGCUUUCACGUCCUCUGGCUCAUUGGUGACCGGGACUCCGAUGUGGGAGACUAGUUCCCCCCUUCCCCAGCUCUCCUCCUCCUCUCCUUUUGUUGUCGUCGUUCCUUUUCCUGCCCCUUUGCUCUUCUUUGCUUCCUCCCCCCAACCCUUGUCUCUCUUGAGACUUCAUCUUUGAUACUGGAUUCUCAUUAUUUUCAAUGGGAAUUUUAUGUGGUUUAUAUUUCAAGCCAAGUUUGUACAGAAAAUAAAUCUAGUUUUAGGAAGGACAAAAAACCCAAGUGUAACGAGACAAUCACCAAGUGCAAUUUCAUCUUAGUUAUGUCUGAACCAAGGUUACAGGGAAGCU